AUGGAAGUUCCAGUAACUAAAAGGUUUAAACAUUACAAUAGCAAACAAAAAAUACUUUUGGUUGGAGAAGGAGACUUCUCCUUUACUCUGUCUCUAGCGAGAGCCUUUGGUUCAGCAACUAACCUCACUGCUACCACUCUCGAUUCUCAAGAGCGCAAUUUCAAGAAUGGGAAGGCGAAUGUAGAAGAGUUGGAGAGACUCGGGUGCAAUGUAGUCUUUGGAGUUAACGUGCACUCCAUGACUGCAAAGCCUAACUUUGGUGGUUCUGCAACAUACGAUAGAGUUAUUUUUAAUUUCCCACACGCUGGAUUCGACUAUGGUCGUGAGCACGAAAUCAAAAUAAUCAUGUACGAUUGA